CGGGAGGAUCGGACGAGCUGGGCAUAACACAAUGCAGUUGUAAUGCUGUUGAAUACUGAGUUCUGUUGAAAGACAUUACAGCCGGAAGACUGAAUGUUGAAUAUACAUUUAACUUUACCGCAGUCACAGGAUUCUCAGGGCUGUGAGUGCCGUGGUGGGUAGGGCCGCCCGGUCCGCCCGCGCAGUGCAGAGGCGCGUCAGGUCCAGCCCCCUCCCCGAAGGCAGUCAGUCCGCCGUCUGUUCGGGAGAUUCUACAGCCGGACAGGCUUUGAUGGGGCCACGUAAACAUGUUCGGUUGCCCGUUCACUUUUAUCGCCGGAUCAAGUGAAGGAAACUGGAGCUGAAAGCCAUGCAGAGGACGGCUGCCUUGGGACUGCUGCUUAUUAUAGGAACAGUUCUAGCCGGUGCCCUGCGCAAACACUCGCAGGCCAAAUGGAACGCCACGGAUGCCCGAGCCAAUGACAGCGUACUUUGCAGUACCUAUGGCAACGACAGCCAGUGCACAGACCAGGCUGGUUCGCCCGGGUGGGGGGGUCAUUUCACUAAAUGCCCUAAGGAGUAUGAUCACUUCUGCAUUCAUGGCCAGUGCCGCUUCGUGGUGGAGGAGAAGUCGCCGUUGUGCGUGUGUGAGAAUGGGUUCUUCGGCUCUCGCUGUGAGUACAUCAACUACUACCCGCAGAUUGACGAGAAGAACCAGAUUAUUUUUGCCGGUGUCAUCGCAGCCUUCAUCCUCCUCAUCCUCCUCAUCGCCAUCGUCUGCAUCUGUGCGCAUCGACCAAAACUCUGUCGCAGGAAGGUCAGGAAACAGGAAGAGGGAACAGAAGCAGCUGAGAAGCUCAACAUGGAGACCUCAGCUGGCUCCGGGGGGGCCGCAGCCAACCAUGUCGAAAGGGUGGACAGCAACGCAGUCUGACAGGGGCAUGCCGCUCACUGUACUCAACCCAGGGCUUUUGGAAGCUGUCACAUGCACAGCAAAGAUCAUAACUGCGUUUCCAGACCUUAUAUGGGCGUCCGUGAAGCAGCUCCGAGGUGGACGAUGAACAGUGUACCAGGGCCAGUUAAUGGCCUUUCCAGAGCUGAUUAUAGUUUGUUGGGGGGGGGGGUGAGGGGUAAAGGAACUGAGCUCUUUAUACACAUCUAGCUGUGUUCUGCAUGGAGACUUUGCACCUGCGGGCUGGAGUUCCCGACCCCCCCCUUUUCACUACCCCCUUUUGAUUUGUGGAUUGGCCAAGUGAAGGACUGAACUCUGCAGGGCAGUGACUCGUGGAAAUGGGCUAAAUCUGUGGCCAGGAGGGCAGGGGGUUGCCAUGACCCCCACUCUUAUGGCUUCUUCUGGAGGGACGUGGACCCGGCCAGAGCAGCUCUGCUUGAGGUUCCAGAUCCUUGAACCUGUACAUCCAGGCCCUUGUACUUUUGAGCUAAUGGCUUAAGCUUGUAUUUGAGGUGCUCUCAAGGUGCUCUCAAGGUUCUGAUGGUCCUGAUAUCUGCAGCAGUCUUAUAUUGCCUCUGGCAGAGGAUUCUGUGACACUCUGAGGUCUCGAUCAAGUUCGUCAUCUCUACCCCUAACCUUUCACAAGGGUUGGAUAAAACAAAAUAAAAAUCCAAAAUUGUCAUGACAAUUACAGGUGUGACUUCAGGAGGGUAUAGCAAAACACAUCCACGCACUUAUGAAUGGGCUUGAUGGUUGGUUGGUUGGUUGGUUGGUUAGUUAGUUGCCACCCUGUGGAGAAAUCUGGUCCCAGCAACCACGUGAUGAAUGGCACUGGUAAUCACAUGGGUUGACCCAGGCAAAGCCUCACAUUGACUGUCUUGCCACCUCUGAAGUUUAGAUGUCUUUAUUGUAGUGGACAGCGCUCAUUGGAUCAUGUUAGUCUGCAGAAGCAUGGUCAGUUUGUGCACACUGUAGGUUUGUCCUGUAUGAAAACAACAUUGAUGUGGAUGGAGACAGGAAAAACACAGUAUGAAUAUCGCGUGCUACCAAUCACUGCCUGGCCAAUGAGGAGCUAGAUCAGUUAAUUAUGGACAGCACGCAAAAUCACACCCACUGAUUUCUCUCAUCUCAUCAGAGAGAGAACCUGAGGGAGGAUCUUGCUUUCUGUGGGGUCCUUUUCACUGAGCAAUGUGCAUCCACAGUGUCUGUUGAAAUGGCUUAAGGUCGAUUAUCAGACAGUUGCGUUGCCAGUGUGUGGUUAGUUUCUGAGUUCUGUUUCACUGCACUUUGGUGUGACAAUGUUUUUCUAUUUGCAUUGUGAUAGAAAGAUGCUAAACGUGGAACUUGUAAAUGGUUUAGUACUGAAAUGUUGGAAAUGGCUCCUCGCUAAAUAAAUGUUAGGUAAAUGUC